AUGUGGAUUCGCUAUACCGGCGAGUAUGGUCUUGAUGGAUCGCUUUGGCAAAAUCAGAUCUAUACAUCGAACGCAACAGAGUAUGCGAGCUUGUCAAGGACCCUCGAACUGCCAUCGAAGGCGGAGGUUUUAGCGAUGCUGCAUACGUUCCAUCACUCCGACUUCGCGAAAGUUUUUCCCGUCCUUGAUCCUAGUCUCUUUCAUGAGACCCUCACAAAAGCCUACGACGGCAAGAAUGAUUUGGCAAGAGCAUGUAUUAGCGCCUUUGUUGCAUUCGCCCGCGCCUGCUCUCAAGGUCAUCUAGAUAUGGCCAAUCUGGAGCGAUUGAAGCAGACCGCAUAUGCCUUGAUUCCAGGAACAUUGGAAGCCACGCCUAGACUAGCUGUGAUUGAUACACUUGUCCUAGUGACUGUGUUACAUUAUUGCUCUGGCGCACUACAAACGGCUGAUGUCCUUCUUUCGAUCUGCGUGCGCUUCUUGUAUAUGGUCGACGGCCAUCUAAGCCCACGAGCACACUACGGCGAUGCGAACUCGAUGCGAAAGGCACAGCACUAUCGCGAUCUUUUCUGGAUUUGUUGGACAUUCGACGCCGAGAUCUCGUUCAGGACAGGCCGCCCACCCGCAAUGAACGGCACUUCGUGUGACCUUACAUUGCCCGCCUGGUAUUUACAACAGCCGCAAAUUGAUGGUGAUCAGUGGCGGUAUCCUGGCGAUCUUCGCCUGAGCAUGAUCAAGGCUGAAGCAUACCAAAAGCUCUAUUCCCCAGGGGCACUUCGCAAGCCUGAUGCAGAGAUCCUCAAGGAUAUUCGCGAGCUCGACGAAAUGCUCGAGACCUGGCGCCAGUCUGUAUCACCACAGAACCGACCGCCGCUUGCGUACACCCGCGACAGUCCGAGUCCACGCCCGGUCCGGGCCCACUGGUCGAUCUUAUGCCUCGAGUACCAUCACUGCAUGGGUACUAUUCAUCAAGCCAGUAGCCGCUGCAAGCUGUGGGACGGCGACAACGUCGUGCAGCAAGGCGUUGCUUCCAGUCACGAUUUAGCCCUCCAGGCGAGACGGUCGGUCCUGAUGUAUUUUCAUGACGUCGAAGAACGCAUGCUGCCGCAUGUCUUCUGGAUCAUCGUCUUCUUCCCACUCUCAGCUGCCCUAGCAAUCUUCUGCAACAUCGUCAGCAGCCCGCCCGGAGACGAAACUGCAAUUUCGGAUGCUAGGCUGCUUGCAGAAUCUUGUCACGAGCUCUCGAAGCGCGAUGGCGAGCGAGAGGUGCUCUACCCCGCUGCGCAAGUGGCCCAUGUGAGGCAUUUGCGAGAGUUCGUUGAGGAGCUGGUCAUGCUCGCGAAGGUGAUGGUCGAGGAGGGAGGCAAGUCGGAGGAGCAAAAGCGACUGCUGGAGGAAUUGGAUACUAUCGCUUAA